AUGGAUUUACGAUGCUUUCAAAAUAGCAAAUAGAGAUACUUUUUUCAACUCCUGGACUACACCAACAUUACUUUGAUGGAUAAUGCUUUUGCUUUGAAUUCAACCAAAAACAAUUAAAUGGAAAACAACACAUAUAGACCGAAGACAAUUGUAAAGGAUGGAUAUGAUUUAGAUGUUUAUGGACUAGACACACAAUGGUUCCUCUUUAUCCACAUUCCUGCCUUGUGUUGUAUCUUUCUCAGUCUUUUUACUGCAUCUGCCGUCAUCAUUGCGUCAUUCCGGAGUCAGACGCGGUCGUUCUUUUCCUGGACGCGAAGUGAGCGUUUUGUAGUGUACUUUUCUUUGUGUGACGCAUUUUUCAAUCUGACACACAGCAUGGACCAUCUUCAAAUGGUCAUCACAAAAGGACAUGUGUAUCCCAGAGAGCUGUGCGAGUUUUAUGCCUUCUUCCUAUGCGGAAUUAUAGCUGUGCAGCUUCUUAUGACCAACGUGGCAGCAAUUAACGCUUUUGGACUCAUUUAUCUUCAGAAGCAGUUCAAACUUGGCAAAUAUGAUUGGAAGCUUCUUCUUUACACAUUCGGAGUACCUUUUGUGAUGUCACUGUGUGCAGUCAGUUUAGGAUACUAUGGACCUUCGGGAUCUUAUUGUGCAUUUGAUGCCGUAAAGGGGACACUUGCCAGCAUAUUUUUUGUAACUGUUCCGAUAACUACUGUAUUGGUUAUAAACGUGGUGCUCUAUACCCUCACAUGGUGGAAAAUCCACGUGGAAUCCAAGCGGAUCAAAGCCAUGCUUGGAACAGAGGCCCAAACUGUACGGGCGUCUUACAAUGCAGCCAAACUGAUGAGCCUCUUUGUAACCGUCUUUUUUAUCCAGUGGUGGGCCCUCGGUAUAGUUAGUGUGUGGCAAAAUUUUUCAAAGGUGCCACAAGAAUUUUUUACUGUGAUUGUCAUAUUUACUAACCUUGGCGGUGUUUAUAACGGAGCUGUGUAUAUCAUCAUCCGAAGAAGAAGAAAGCGGAAUAAGACCCCUAAAACGCCUAAUGGUCCUGAUCAGAAAUCUAAGGACUCGGGAGUGGGAACUAUCAAUCCUAACUUUACAACUGAAGACACAAGAAUAUAAUGC